GUGAAGCAGCUGAACAAAAUAGAAACCUAGUGAAGUGCAUGUCCACUUUAAAUUGCUUGUUUGACUGAAAACUUCCUCUGCUGACAGUAAACAUGGCCACAAGACUUCCAGCUAAACAUCGCUUUGAAUCCUGGAGUCCAAAACAAGUGGCAGAAUUCCUGAGCCAGAAUGGAAUGAAAGAAUGUGCCCUAACAGUGGAGAGAAUGAAGAUUGAUGGACAUUUGUUUCUGAACCUAAAAGACAGUGAUAUGAACAGAUUUAAUUUCAUUCACCAACCACAGCUUCAGAAGAUGGUACAAGACAUCAAGAAGAAUGAUGGAGGCCUUAUGAACAAGUUCAAAAAGUUUCAAGUGGCUAAUAUGCGCAAAACAGGAAUAAGCACAUGGGGCCGGCUAACCAACAAAGGACCGCCUUCUGUACCCACAAGGGACUAUAAUCCAGAUGAUGACAAUGAAGAAGACCAAGAGUGGUCUGACAAUGAAUUUGACAGCGAUUAUGAAAAUCCGGAUGAUAAUUCCGAAACGUAUGACGUUCCGGAACAUGAAAAUGAUGAUAGUUAUGAGCCCCCUCCGUGUGAACAGGAGAACAGGAACAUUGCUCCAGUCCUUCCUAUCUCCAAUGGUGAAUACGCAGACAACAGAACCGAAAGCAAGAGGCCACCUCCAAGAAAGCCCUUUCCCUUCAUGCCAGGUCAUUCAGCCAGUAAACCCCAGCUACCACCUCCUCAGAAAAAACAUUCCCAGCAACACCAGUCUAAACCCAAACUAAGGAAAGAGGAGGCUGACGAUUGUGAUUAUGUGUGCCCCAAAGAUGAUGAUGAUGAUGAAGAUGAUAAUUACAUCGACCCCACAGAACAAUCUGCUUCAGCAACUUCUCACCCCCCACCUGUUGUUAACAGGAAUGCUAAGCCCAUAAGAAACCAUUCUCCAGCUCCCAUCAGAGCACAUAAAGUGGCUGAAGGUCCAGAGGUUUAUGAAGUACCAGAUAUGGAGGAAAAGCCAUCUCCACCAAUCAACAGAUCGAAAGUGCCACUGCUGCCGAAGACACGCCAGCAGCCCUCACCAAAAGGUUCCAGUCCAACAGACAGCUCUCGGUUUGUAAAACCUGUGUUCAGAAAAGUACCUCCUCCUAAUCCGGAACCUGUAGAUGACGAUGAAUAUGAAAUAUGUGACCCAGAUAACAGUAUAAGCAGUAAUAAUUCAGAGGAUGCCAGUGCAGUCACUGUACUCAAAACUCCAAUACCACGACCCAGAGAGGGGAAACAAAAUAACCCCCCAUUGAAGCCCAAACCUAACUUACCAUCAAAAGAUAGACCUGCAGCUAUGAAACAUAGCCCCCUGAAUGUAGCUUCAGAAUUCGCUGCAAGAAUCAAGCCUCCACUUCCAGGGCAAAACCCAGGCACAACUCCACCCAAAGUUCCUGCAGUCACAAAUAGAGGGUCCCUACCACGGACUGGCCCGAGUUCUGCAGAACAGGAUGCUGGUGUUUAUAAUAAAGUUUGGUAUGCCAGUUCCAGUGACCGAAAGACUGCGGAAGAGGCCUUGGUCAGAACAAACAAGGAUGGGUCGUUUCUCAUAAGAAAAAGCUCUGGUCAGGAUGCAAAGCAACCAUUUACUUUAGUUGUGUUCUACAAGAAAAAGGUCUACAAUAUCCCUGUGCGCUAUAUUGAAUCAUCACGGCAGUAUGCUCUGGGUAAAGAGAAGACUGGAGAAGAGCGUUUUGGAAGUGUGUCUGGUAUAAUUGAGAAUCAUCAGAAGACCCCAUUGGUACUAAUUGACAACCAGAGCAAUACCAAGGACUCAACAAAACUGAAACACCCUGUUAAAGUUUAACAACCAAAACCUUUUUCACAUAAUCUACUGUACAUUCUUCUGCUAAAUAAAGGUUCCAAUAUAGAAUCUACUGUAAGCAACAGGAUUGGAUGAAAUCAAAUUGAUGGCCAGGACAGAUCUAUUACUAUGACUAGUUUUGUUAGCUCCAUAAACCUUUUUAUUUAAAAUCAGGCAUCAGUAGCAACAGACAGAACCAUAAACUGAAUGUAAAUCACAAAACAAAUAAAAAUACACUGACUCAAGGAUCUGUACAGUUAUGCUUAAUUUUACUUCAGAUUGCAAGUAUUAUACACAUACAAAUUGUACCUAGAAUGUGUAAACUUUUUUCUUUUUUUUUGUAUUAUUGUAGUGAAAAACCGAUUCAUACAAAAGCAAUUUACUACAAAUUUGGAAAUAUGUUAUUUUUAUCAAUGUAUUUAUUGUUCCUCAGAGGCUAAGGUUAAGAGUAAGACUUAUGUCUAAUUCUAAAAAUCUGUGUACAAAACAUGACUAAUGACAAAAAUACUUAAACAUUUUUAAACUCUGAAAUGCUUGAUUUGUAUAUAUUUAUAAUAAAGAACUAUUACGGAAAAA